AUGGCCAGAAACCAAAACUCUCUCUUGCUGCUAAGCUUACUUCUGCUGCUCGCCUCAAGUCCUGUCAGCUUGGCAUGGCCUGUGAUGGGCAUUGCUGGUUUCACCACUUCUCGUUAUUCUGAACAAUCGUGUACCGAGAAAGCGCCCACGAUCACGAUGUUCGCCGGAGUGAGCGACGAACUCUACGGCAACGGCGAGAUAUGCGGGGCAAAGUACAGCGUUACUUGCAUCGGCGCGGUGGACGGCCGUCCGCCGUCUCCCUGCAGAACGAGCAAUCCCGUCGUGGUGACCGUCACCGACAGCUGCUCGCCGGAAGCUGCGAAGCCUUGCCCUACGUUUGUGCUGUCUGCAAAAGCGUUUGCGUUGAUUGCGAAUCCUCGAGCAGGGAAAGCUUUGAUUACCUACGAUCGGUAA